AUGUCGGGGUAUCGAUUGACUCCCAACAAUCAAAUUGAUGACUAUGGUCAAGAAAGGAUUUGGAAAAUGAACAAACAGGUGCCAAGAAGGAGGAAAAGCCAAAUAUCUUCUGCUGUGGAGGAUGUAUUAAAAGCUGCUGAUUUCAAUGAUUACAGUCUGCAAACAAGGGAGUCUUUGUCUUGUUGGAAUCCUGACUGUAUUGGUUUUAACCUGAUACAAUAUAUUCUGUGCAAUAUAUGUGAGCAUGAAAGACCAGGUGCUAUUUUGGUUUUUAUGACUGGAUGGGAUGAUAUAAAUGCUCUGAAGGAGAAGCUUUUAACACAUCCUGUCUUGAGUGAUCGAAACAGAGUUUUGUUGCUCAUGUGCCAUGGCUCAAUGGAGAGUUUGGAGCAGAGAUUAAUAUUUGAAGAACCUGAAGAUGGAGUACGAAAAAUAGUGCUAGCAACAAAUAUUGCUGAAACUAGUAUCACGAUCAAUGAUGUUGUUUUUGUUCUUGACUGUGGGAAGUCAAAAGAAUCAUCAUAUGAUGAACUGAAUAACACGCCUUGUUUGCUUCCCACUUGGAUCUCUAAGGUUUCAGUUCAACAAAGAAAAGGAAGAGCUGGUCGUGUUCAACCAGGAGAAUGUUAUCAUCUCUAUCCUAGAUGUGUAUAUAAUUCUUUCACAGACCAUCAAUUACCUGAAAUUUUGAGGAUGCCGUUGCAAUCUCUCUGUCUGCAAAUCAAAAGUUUGAAACUAGGCAGUAUAUCUGAGUUCUUGUCUAGGGCUUUACAGUCUCCCAAGAUACUUGCGGUGCAAAAUGCAAUUGAAUAUUUAAAAACAAUCGGAGCUCUGGAUGAGAAUGAGAAUCUGACUAUUCUAGGGCACCACUUGACAGUGCUUCCCUUGGAACCCAAACUUGGCAAGAUGCUUAUCUUUGGUGUUAUCUUCAAUUGUCUGGAUCCGAUAUUAACUAUUGUUGCUGGCCUUAGUGUUCGAGAUCCUUUUCUAACACCUUUGGAUAAAAAAGAUCUUGCGGGGGCAGCGAAAUCUCAGUUUUCCCAUGACUACAGUGACCAUCUUGCUAUUGUGAGGGCCUAUGAGAGCUGGAAGGAUGCCGAAAUAGACUAUGCUGGACAUGAAUACUGCUGGAAAAAUUUUCUUUCUCCACAAUCCAUGAAACUUAUCGAUGCUCUUAGAGUGGAAUUCUUAUCCCUGCUCAAAGAUAUUGGAUUAGUUGAUAGAAACAUGACUAGUUGCAAUGCUUGGAGCUAUGAUAUGUAUCUCAUACGAGCAGCUAUUUGCUAUGGCCUAUAUCCUGGAAUCUGCUCGAUUGUGCAUAAGGGUAAGUCAUUUUCUCUAAAAACAAUGGAGGAUGGCAAAGUGCUCUUACAUUCGAAUUCAGUGAAUUCUCGGGAAACUAGAAUUCCAUAUCCAUGGCUAGUUUUUAAUGAGAAGAUCAAAGUGAACUCUGUAUUUCUUCGUGACUCGACAGCUGUGCCUGAUUCUGUAGUACUUCUUUUUGGGGGAAGCAUAUCAAAAGGAGAUACUGAUGGUCACUUGAAAAUGUCAGGAGGAUAUUUGGAGUUUUUUGUGAAACAUGAUGUUGCGGACAUGUACCUGAGUAUAAGGAAAGAUCUUGACAACCUCAUUCAUAGUAAACUACAGUUUCCGCAGAUGAGCAUACACUCAUUCCAUGAGCUCUUAUUUGCUAUACGGUUGCUAAUUGGCAAUGACAAAUGUGAAGGCAGAUUUGUAUUUAGUUGCCAGCUCCUUAAACCAUCAAUGAUGGCAUUGCAACAAGCAUUGGUUUCAAGAACAGACAGUGGACCUGGGGGUGAUAAUACUAAAGGCCAGCUUCAAACAUUGCUGACACGAGCUGGAUAUGGUGCACCCUUUUACACCACGCAGCAAUUGAAGAAUAAUCAGUUUCGGGCUACAGUUGAGUUUAAUGGAGUGCAGAUAAUGGGCCAACCGUAUAGCAACAAGAAGAAUGCAGAAAAAGAUGCUGCGGCUGAGGCACUGCAGUGGCUUAUGGGUAGAAUACAAACAGGGAACGAGGAUAUCAAUCACAUAACAAUGUUGCUGAAGAGAAGUAAGAAAGAUAAUAAUUGA